UGCAGCGUGGCCCAGGCGGGGUGCGAGUGGCGCAGUCGGAGCCCGCUGCGGCCCUUGAGGAAGCGAGGAGGCGUCAGUGUCGACUGAGGCGGGUGAACCGGCGAGGCGGCGGCUUCAAGCCCCUAGAGACUCGGGAGCUCGAGCAGCGGAGCGGUGGUGCCCCCCUCCCCCGGGCACGGGGCCAUGUACAACGGGAUCGGGCUGCCGACGCCCCGGGGCAGCGGCACCAACGGCUACGUCCAGCGCAACCUGUCCCUGGUUCGGGGCCGCCGGGGUGAGCGGCCUGACUACAAGGGAGAGGAGGAACUGCGGCGCCUGGAGGCUGCCCUGGUGAAGCGGCCUAAUCCUGACAUCCUGGACCACGAGCGCAAGCGGCGAGUGGAGCUGCGAUGCCUCGAGCUGGAGGAGAUGAUGGAAGAGCAGGGGUACGAGGAACAGCAAAUUCAGGAAAAAGUGGCGACCUUUCGACUCAUGUUGCUGGAGAAGGAUGUGAACCCUGGGGGCAAGGAGGAGACCCCAGGACAGAGACCAGCGGUAACUGAGACUCACCAGUUGGCAGAAUUGAAUGAGAAAAAGAAUGAGCGGCUCCGUGCUGCCUUUGGCAUCAGUGAUUCCUAUGUGGAUGGGAGCUCUUUUGAUCCUCAGCGUCGUGCUCGAGAAGCCAAACAAACAGCACCUGAGCCUCCCAAACCUUACAGCCUUGUCCGGGAGUCCAGUAGCUCUCGCUCACCAACCCCAAAGCAAAAGAAGAAGAAAAAGAAGAAAGAUAGAGGACGGAGGUCAGAGAGCAGCUCUCCUCGACGAGAGAGAAAGAAGAGCUCUAAGAAGAAGAAGCACAGGUCAGAGUCUGAAUCCAAGAAACGGAAGCAUAGGUCUCCCACUCCAAAGAGCAAACGUAAAUCUAAGGACAAGAAGCGGAAGCGAUCUCGAAGUACAACACCAGCCCCCAAGAGCCGCCGGGCCCACCAUUCAACUUCUGCUGACUCUGCCUCCUCUUCUGAUACUUCCCGGAGUCGGUCUCGAAGUGCUGCAACAAAAACCCAUACAACUGCCUUGACAGGGCAGAAUCUUUCCCCUGCUUCAGGGCGUAGAGGGGAGGGAGAUGCACCUUCCAGAGAACCAGGUACCAACAACACAGGGCAUCCGAGCAGCCCAGAACCCUCUACAAAACAGCCUAGUAGCCCUUAUGAAGACAAAGACAAGAAGGAGGAGAAAUCUGCAGUUCGACCUAGCCCCUCUCCGGAAAGGAGCAGCACAGGCCCAGAACCAUCUGCUCCCACUCUGCUCCUCGCUGAGCAACAUGGCAGCUCCCCACAACCCCUUGCAAAAGCCCCCAUAAGUCAGGAGCCAGUGAACCCCCCAUCUGAGGCUUCCCCAACCCGGGGUCGUUUACCACCUAAGUCUCCUGAGAAACCUCCCCAAUCAUCUUCAGAGAGCUCCCCACCAUCCCCUCAACCAACCAAAGUUUCUCGGCAUGCCAGCUCUUCCCCUGAAAGUCCUAAACCCACACCAGCUCCAGGGUCCCACCGAGAGAUUUCUUCUUCUCCCGCAUCAAAAAGUCGCUCACAUGGCAGAGCAAAGCGGGAUAAGUCACAUUCUCCUACUCCUCGUAGGAUGGGGAGGUCCCCUAGCCCUACCACCGCGAAGAGGGGGCGAUCGCGGUCUCGAACCCCUACUAAACGAGGUCAUUCUCGGUCUCGGUCCCGGUCCCCUCAGUGGCAUAGGUCCCGGUCUGUACAGAGGUGGGGGCGAUCUAGAAGUCCCCAGCGACGUGGCCGGUCUAGGUCUCCUCAGCGACCAGGCUGGUCCAGGAGCAGAAAUACCCAGAGAAGAGGCAGAUCUAGAUCAGCAAGGCGAGGAAGGUCACACUCCAGAUCUCCAGCUGCUAGGGGCAGAUCUCGUUCUAGAACACCAGCCAGACGGGGCAGAUCUCGCUCUAGAACACCCACGAGGCGUAGAUCACGAUCCAGAACACCGAACAGGCGUAGAUCUCGGUCUAGAACACCAGCCAGGAGGGGCAGAUCUCGGUCUAGAACACCGGCUAGGCGCAGAUCUAGGACCCGCUCAGUACGACGGAGGUCUCGUAGCAGAUCGCCAGCCAGGAGAAGCGGCAGGUCUCGCUCUAGGACCCCAGCCAGGCGUGGCAGGUCUCGCUCUAGAACCUCAGCCAGGCGAGGAAAAUCUCGGUCUAGGACACCAGCAAGACGAGGGAGAUCUAGGUCUAGGACACCUGCAAGACGAAGAUCCCGUAGUAGAAGUCUAGUUAGACGGGGAAGAUCUCAUUCUAGAACACCACAAAGGAGAGGCAGGUCUGGCUCAUCAUCAGAGCGGAAGAAUAAGUCCAGAACAUCACAGAGAAGGAGCAGGUCCAACUCAAGCCCAGAAAUGAAAAAAUUCCGAGUUUCUUCAAGGCGAAGCAGGUCUCUCUCCUCUCCACGAUCCAAAGCAAAAUCUCGCUUGUCUUUGAGACGAAGCCUUUCUGGGUCCUCUCCUUGUCCUAAACAAAAGUCUCAGACACCACCUAGGCGCAGCCGCUCUGGAUCAUCCCAAUCUAAAGCUAAAUCUCAAACACCACCACUAAGGCGAAGUCGCUCUGGUUCUUCACCUAAUCAGAAAUCUAAAACACCAUCAAAACAAAGUCUUUCUGGUUCAUCUCAACCUAAAGGGAAAUCUGGAACACCACCAAGACAAGGAUCUGUAACAAGUCCUCAGGCAAAUGAACAAUGUGCAACACCACAAAGGCAGAGCUGUUCUGAAACAUCACCUGACCCUGAGGUGAAAUCUAGAACCCCUUUGAGACAGAGCUACUCUGUGUCCUCGCCUCCUGCAGUGAAAUCAAGCACAUCUCCAAGACAGAGCCGGUCUGGGUCAUUAUCUCCACAACCCAAAGUAAAGGCAGUAAAAUCACCAACCCAGAGUCAUUCUGGUUCAUCUUCUCCAAGUCCUGAUAGGGUGACGUCUAAUACACCACCAAGGCAAAACAGAUCAGAGUCUCCUUGCUCCAAGGCAGAAUCUACAUUGUUACAAAGACACAGUCAUUCUAGGUCCUCCUCACCAGAUACCAAAGUGAAACCUGGAACAUCACCAAGACAAAGUCACUCAGGGUCUACUUCGCCAAGCCCCAAAGUACAGCCUCAAAUUUCACCAGGCCACAAUCUUUCUGGAUCAAGGUCACCAGGUUCCCAAGAGAUGUCUAAAGAUUCAUCAGCACAAAGUUCUGGAUCUUUCUCACUCUGUUCAGGACUAAAGUCUAACACACCACCAGGAGAGAGCUAUUUUGGCACCUCUUCUCUGCAACAGGAAGGACAAUCUCUUACUUUACUAGAUUCUAGAUCUGACACUUCGAGUCCAGAAAGGAGACAGAGUCACUAUGACACACUAUCUCUGCAGAGCAAAUCUCAAACACCUCCUAAGGGUGGUCAGUCUAGGUCCUCUUCUCCUGUCACUGAUUCUGCACCCAGAUCUCCAACAACACAAGAUAGAAGCAAAUUGUCAAUGAGUCCUAGGCUGAAAUCUGGAAUGUCUCCUGAACAGAACAGAUCCCAGUCUGACUCUUCCCCAUAUCCUUCAAUGGACUGUAAAUCUCUUCUGGGGCAGAGUAGAUUGGAGCCUUCUCCUGAAUCAAAAAAGCAAACAGACUUACUCCUUCAGGAGGAUAUUACUGCAUCAUCUAUGCUAAGUGACAAAUUGAAUCCUACAGUACAGAAUAGACCUGAGUCCUCACCAGUACUCAAAGAUACACCUAGCACCUCUUCAAAGGAAAGAGGUGGUGUUGGGUCAUCUCCAGAUACAAAAGGCCAAAGUAGUCCAUUAGCUAAGCCAAGCCAAGAUGAGGAAUUAAUGGAGGUAGCUGACAAAUCUGAAGUGUCCUCAAACCAGGUCUUGUCCCAUGUUUCUCCAGAACUUAAAGAAAUGGCUGGAAGUAACUUUGAAUCAUCUUCUGAAAAAGAAGAAAGGACUGCUAUGUCUUUGACUCUUGACCAUAGCCAGUUGCAGGCUUCUUUGGAAGCAGAACUCCCUGCAGUGGCCUCAACUUGGAGUGGGCCACAUUAUUCUCAAGAACGUAAGGAACUGUCUAAUACCCCUCCCAGGGAGAAUAGCUAUGAGUCACCUUUAGAAUUUAGAAACUCGGGCGCUGUUGCAGAAAUAAAUACUGGAUUUUCUGCUGAGGUUAAAGGUUUGAAUGAACCUUUUCCUAGUCAGUUGGAGACAGACCCAUCUCUAGACAUGAAAGAACAAUUGAGGUCCUCCAGACGCAGCAGUUCUGAGUUAUCCCCAGAUGGAGUGGAGAAAGCAGGAAUGUCAUUAAAUCGGACUCUCUCUUCACCAGUACUUGAUGCUAUACCUAGAACACCCUCAAGGGAAAGAAGUAGUUCUGCAUCUUCUCCUGAACUGAAAGAUGAUUUACCCAGAACCCCCUCAAGGAGAAGCAGGUCUGGGUCUUCCCCAGGACUUAGAGAUGGGUCUGGGACUCCUUCAAGGCACAGCUUAUCUGGAUCCUCUCCUGGAAUGAAAGACAUACCCAGAACACCAUCCAGGGGGAGAAGUGAAUGUGAUUCUUCUCCAGAACCAAAAGCUUUGCCUCAGACUCCUAGGCCAAGGAGUCGUUCUCCAUCAUCCCCAGAACUCAAGUGUAUUACCCCCCAGAGAGAAAGAAGUGGGUCAGAAUCAUCAGUUGAACAUAAGACUUUGGGUAGGUCUCCUCUUGGGCAGAGAAGUCGAUCUGGAUCUUCUCAAGAACUUGAUGAGAAACCCAGUGCAUCCACUCAGGAAAGAAGUGAAUCAGACUCUUCUCCAGAUGCUAAAGUUAAAACACGAAUGUCACUUAGACAAAGGAGUCGUUCUGGAUCAUCUCCAGAGGUCGAUAGCAAAUCCCGACCUUCUCCUCAGCUCAGUAGAUCUGGCUCAUCUCCUGAAGUUAAAGAUAAGCCAAGAGCAGCAUCAAGGGCACAGAGUGGUUCUGAUUCCUCUCCUGAACCCAAGGCUUCUGCCCCUCGGGCACUUCCCAGACGAAGCAGAUCAGGUUCAUCAAGCAAAGGUAGAGGUCCUUCUCCUGAAGGAAGCAGCAGUUCUGAGUCUUCUCCAGAACACCCUCCCAAAUCCAGAAUGGCUAGAAGAAGCUCUAGGUCAUCACCACAGCCCAAGACUAAGUCUCGCACUCCACCUCGUCGUCACAGCUCUCGAUCAUCUGAGAGGGCUAGGAAGACUAGACUCUCCCGUAGAAGUCGUUCUGCAUCUUCCUCACCAGAGACACGUUCUAGAACUCCACCACGACGCCGACGAAGUCCUUCAGUGUCUUCCCCAGAGCCAGCUGAAAAGUCAAGAUCCUCACGCCGGCGGCGUUCAGCUUCAUCCCCCCGCAUUAAGACAACUUCAAGGAGAGGUCGUUCUCCUUCACCAAAGCCUCGUGGGCUCCAGAGGUCCCGUUCCCGGUCAAGGAGGGAGAAGACCAGAACAACCCGACGUCGAGAUAGGUCUGGGUCUUCUCAGUCAACCUCUCGAAGAAGACAGCGGAGCCGGUCAAGGUCUCGGGUUACUCGUAGGCGUAGAGGAGGCUCUGGUUACCACUCAAGGUCUCCUGCCCGGCAAGAGAGUUCACGAACCUCUCGACGUCGGAGAGGUCGCUCUCGGACACCCCCAACCAGUCGGAAGCGUUCCCACUCACGCACAUCACCAGCCCCAUGGAAGCGUUCCAGGUCUCGGGCCUCUCCAGCCACUCAUCGACGAUCCAGGUCCAGAACACCCCUGGUCAGCCGACGUAGGUCCAGGUCACGUACUUCACCAGUCAGUCGAAGAAGAUCAAGAUCUAGGACAUCAGUGACUCGAAGAAGAUCUCGCUCAAGAGCAUCCCCAGUGAGUCGAAGGCGAUCCAGGUCCAGAACUCCACCAGUAACUCGCCGGCGUUCAAGAUCCAGAACACCAACUCGCCGGCGUUCCCGUUCUAGAACACCACCAGUGACUCGCAGAAGGUCUAGAUCUAGGACUCCACCAGUAAUGAGGAGGCGAUCUCGAAGCAGAACCUCGCCUAUCACUCGCAGAAGAUCCAGAUCCAGAACAUCCCCAGUCACCCGCAGGAGAUCUCGAUCUCGCACCAGUCCCAUAACUCGAAGGAGAUCCCGCUCUCGAACCUCUCCAGUGACACGCCGCAGAUCUAGGUCUCGAACACCUCCAGCUAUUCGUCGUCGCUCUAGGUCUCGAACCCCACUUUUGCCACGCAAACGCUCUCGAAGUCGUUCAUCGCUUGUCCGCCGCCGUUCUAGAUCUCGUACUCCACGAAUGACUCGGGGCAAACGGUCCUUAACAAGAUCUCCUCCAGCCAUCCGUAGACGAUCUGUAUCUGGAAGUAGUUCCGAUCGUUCACGUUCUGCUACUCCUCCUGCAACAAGGAAUCAUUCUGGUUCUCGGACACCUCCAGUGGCACUCAAUAGCUCCAGAAUGAGUUGCUUCAGUCGUCCUAGCAUGUCACCAACUCCUCUUGACCGCUGUAGAUCACCUGGAAUGCUUGAACCCCUUGGCAGCUCUAGAACACCCAUGUCUGUCCUGCAGCAAGCUGGUGGCUCCAUGAUGGAUGGUCCAGGUCCCCGAAUUCCUGAUCACCCUAGAACAUCUGUGCCAGAAAAUCAUGCUCAGUCUAGAAUUGCACUUGCCCUGACAGCCAUCAGUCUUGGCACUGCUCGGCCUCCUCCAUCCAUGUCUGCUGCAGGCCUUGCUGCAAGAAUGUCCCAGGUUCCUGCUCCAGUGCCUCUCAUGAGUCUCAGAACAGCCCCAGCUGCCAGCCUCGCCAGUAGGAUUCCUGCAGCCUCUGCAGCAGCCAUGAACCUGGCCAGCGCCAGGACACCUGCCAUACCAACAGCAGUGAACCUGGCUGACUCGAGAACACCAGCUGCAGCAGCAGCCAUGAACUUGACCAGCCCCAGAACAGCAGUCACACCAUCUGCUGUGAACCUCGCUGAUCCGCGCACCCCUACAGCCCCAGCUGUGAACCUACCAGGAGCCAGAACCCCAGCGGCAUUGGCAGCUUUGAGUCUCACAGGCUCUGGCACACCCCCAAACACUGCAAACUAUCCAUCCAGCUCUAGAACACCCCAGGCACCAACCCCUGCAAACUUGGUGGGUCCUAGAUCUACACAUGCCACAGCUUCUGUGAAUAUUGCCAGCUCAAGAACCCCGCCAUCCUUGGCCCCUGCAAGCCUCACCAGUGCUAGAAUGGCUCCAGCUUUGUCUGGUGCAAACCUCACCAGCCCUAGGGUGCCCCUCUCUGCCUAUGAGCGCAUUAGUGGCAGAACCUCACCACCGCUCCUUGACCGAGCCAGGUCUAGAACCCCACCGGGAGGCCCAGGCUCCAGAACCCCACCAGCUGCCCCAAGCCAGUCUAGAAUGACCUCUGAACGGGUUCCCUCUCCUGUUUCUAGAAUGGUUCAGGCUCCUCCCUCACAGUCUGUUCUCCCUCCAGCUCAGGAUCGGCCUAGGUCCCCUGGGCCAUCUGCUCUUUCUGACCAAUCCCAAUCUUUGCUUGCCCCGACCACCCCUGUAGCAGGAUCUCAGUCCCUCUCCUCUGGGUCGGCAAAGACCACAUCCUCUGCUGGUGACCACAAUGGCAUGCUCUCUGUCCCUGUCCCUGGGGGUUCCCACCCUGAGGGGGGGGAACCACCUGCCUCUACGGGGGCCCUGCAGCCAGCAAAGGAGCGGCGGAGUUCUUCCUCCUCCUCCUCAUCUAGUUCUUCCUCGUCGUCGUCAUCGUCAUCCUCCUCCUCCUCCUCCUCCUCCUCUGGCUCCAGUUCUAGUGACUCGGAGGGCUCUAGCCUUCCCCUUCAACCCGAAGUAGCACUGAAGAGGGUCCCUAGUCCUCCCCCAGCCCCAAAAGAGAAUGAACGAGAGGGACGACCUCAGGAACCAACCCCAGCCAAGAGGAAGAGGCGCGAUAGCAGCUCCAGUUCCAGCUCUUCCUCCUCUUCCUCUUCCUCUUCCUCCUCUUCCUCUUCCUCCUCUUCUUCCUCCUCCUCGUCCUCCUCCUCUUCCUCUUCCUCUUCUGCAUCCUCUCCUUCCCCUGCUAAGCCUGACCCUCAGGCCUUGCCCAAACCUGCAAGUCCCAAGAAGCCACCCCCUGGUGAGCGGAGGUCCCGCAGUCCCCGGAAGCCAAUAGACUCCCUCCGGGACUCCCGGUCCCUCAGCUAUUCACCUGCCGAGCGCCAACACCCCUCACCACAGGACCAACAGAGGAGCAGCAGCAGUGAGCAUGGUUCCCGAAGAGGUCAGCGUGGGGACAGCCGCUCCCCAGGCCACAAGCGCAGGAGGGAGACACCUAGCCCCCGCCCAGUGCGGCACCGCUCCUCCAGGUCUCCAUGAAUGUUUUUUGGGGGGAAUGGAAUCCCACCGCACCCCAAGUUCUGGAGCCACAGGGAGUGCCCCCUUUCUCCCCAAUAGCUGUGUGUGUGUGUGGGGGGGGGUGCUUGUCCCCUCCGAACCCUGGCAGCAUUUUGAAGGGGUUCCCUUCUUUCUCUAUCCCCCCUUUUUUUUCUUUGUUCCUGUGAAAUGUUUAAUCUCUGUGAGUUUUUCUGGUUCACAUGUUUUGGGGGGUUGGGGGUAUGUGGGAGUAAGAAUGGGAGUGGCUGGAGGAGGAAAUAGAGUUCAGGACUCCUCCAGUCUUGAGUCAGCAAGGGCCUGGGUGGCACUGUCCCCCGCCAUUUACCCCUGAGUGCAGGAGAGGGGGAGGUGAGGAUUUGGGACUUGGGAACUUGUAUGUUAUGGAAAGGGGCAGGAGUGAAAUUAGCUGGCCCUUACUGCCCCCCAGUAAGAUUGUGGCCCCUUCCCCCCAACUUUUCACAUUUCUUAAGGACAUUUUGGUUUUUUAAAAAUCUGUACAGCAAGAGCAACUUUUUCUGUCAAAUAAAAAUGAGAAAUGCAGGAA